CUGCGUUUCCCUCCCUGUUACGCUUCUUCGUUGUCAAAAAUUAGCAUUAUGGGCAACUGCAACACCUCGCCAGCAUAUUUGUCGGCAGAGCCCCAUGGGUCGACUGCUGACAGCCCUGGAACCAUUACAGACUUGACCGCGCAUUACCUUGGAUGCAUCAAAACAUCGGAUUGCGCCGAGUUCCUAGACAAGGACAAAAAUUGUCAAUUCUGGGACCAUGAAAUUCAUGCCCAGCUAGAGAAGUUACAUCAACAAAACAGAGACAUGCCUGAAAACGAAUGCGAGGAGAUGGCCAUAAUGAGGGUCGACGAAGAGAUCAAAGGCCUUGCUCUCAAUAUCGAGUCCCAAUAUAGAAGAACCAAACUCCUCCGCAAGGCGCUCUCUGAGGUCAAGUGCUCCUUUUGUAAGGUGUAG